UCCGUAUCGGUGCUCUACGUAUCGAGGAAUUUAAUCGCCAAAUGCAGUGGACGGAUUUUCAUUGCAAGUAAAAAAGUGUUUCUGCCUUUCAGCAAUAUAAAUGAUUUUAAGACGAGUGCAUUUGUCGGUGCGUCGGCGGAGGAACAUAUGGGCCCUGACGAUGAUUGUCGGGACAGGGAUGGUUAUUUACCUUACCCUUAACCACUUCCCUUGUUCAGAGUUGAUGCCCACGUCAGAAGAAAAGAUUUAUCAAGUAACAACACCAGAUGCAAAGAAAAGUAGUAUCCUGAAGGAUAUAAAGGAUCUGCCAGUGGAGGAUGGGUUUUCAAGAGCUGAGUAUCUACGCCACGCGUGUGAGAACAGCAUACAUAGAUCGGGGAACAAAAAGGUCCGAGUAAGUUUCGACCCGCAUGUUAACGCCGUGUACUGUCCGCUGUGUAAGAUCGCUUCCACCUUCUUGACAAGAAUGUUCCGAAUGAUGGCACUUAACUACAGGAAAAUACCAAACGGGACAGUGAACACCCCAUUUGAUGUGCCUAUCUCAGAUGCGCAUCCUUCAACGGAUAAUUUGGACCUUAACAAGUGGACGGUCGGCAGCAAAGAUGCAAGUAACAGUUUUCGGUUUAUGUUUGUAAGGAGCCCAUUUGAUAUGUUGUUUUCCGCUUACGUUGAUAAAUUUGUUGGACCUAAUCCAUAUUUCAAUCGGUUGUCUAGUGCAGAAAAUAACCAAUGUGGAUAUGCGAAUUAUUCAUUUCGACAACUGCUGGAAUAUGUGAUUGUCACGGAUAAGAAGAAAAAAUCUCUCGACUGCCAUGUUGCCAAGUGGGAUGCGUGUUUACCAUGUGAAGUAAACUACACAUAUAUAGGCAAAAUGGAAACGUUCAAAGACGAUAUCACAAGUAUAUUGUCAGCUCUUGGACAGUUUAGGAGUCUUGAUGCAAUGGAAGCAAAGUCAGCUAAACUUCAUGCUUAUGACGCUAUACAGGAUUCGGUCUCUGGACCUUUUGAAUGGAGGAAGGACAUUGAAAAGUGCAUGUCAUGGCCAGAUGCUUUGCGUAGAAUAUGGCGGAAGUUGCAGAUUCGAGGAGUGAUAGGGACCAAGGGUUUUUCGAUCUUCGGGUUUGAGGCAGAGUCUAUCAGUAGGACUGAUUAUAUUAAUGUUCUUAAGAAAGUUAGUGAGGAAAGUACAGCGAACGAAAGACGUAUGAUGAAGCAGUUAUCCUACAUAGAAGCGUACAGGAAUAUUCCUGACGAAAUAUUAGACAGUAUUAAACAUGUGUAUAGAAAUGAAUUUAAUCUAUUCAAUUUUAGCAACGAUUCAAAGGUAUUUCGCCAGUUGGAUCAAUACAGUGCAUUAGGUUUUUUUAAUUUCUCAAACAUCGAUAGUGAUAUUUUAAUGCAUAAUUUGCAUUAAGUUAACUUUCUUUCACACAAAAACAAAGGAAUAUUGUAUGGCACUUUGAUUGGCAAUUAUCAUAUAAACCAAUGUUAAGGUAUAUCGAAAAUAUUUGAAAGGGUCCGCUUGAUUGGCCUCAAACAGUUCUACAACAUUAUAUGGGUUAAAAACACUAUAUGUAUCAUGCAUUCAUCAAUGAAACGGAAUAUGUCGAUAAUGCUAGAAAGCAUAUAGGCUUUGGUAAUUUAUGUAACAUUAUGCAAUUUUUAUACUAAGGACGUUGAAUUGAUUAAGUGUUCUAUCAUACUUUCCGUCGCACAUCAUGGUAUGCAUAACAUAUAUUAUAUCAUAUAUUGCGUCACCAACAUGAACUGUUUUCAUUUCAAUAAAAUAAUAGUUUUA